CUGCAACGCCGAGCGGAGGAGGCAGGAACCCGAAGGCAAGCCGGAGCUGGGUGGGGACCAUGGCCGGGAUCACCACCAUCGGGGCGGUGAAGCGCAAGAUCCAGGUUCUGCAGCAGCAGGCCGAUGAUGCAGAGGAGAGGGCCGAGCGCCUCCAGCGGGAAGUGGAGGGGGAAAGGCGGGCCCGAGAACAGGCUGAGGCUGAGGUGGCCUCCUUGAACCGUAGGAUCCAGCUGGUUGAAGAGGAGCUGGACCGAGCUCAAGAGUGCCUGGCCACUGCCCUGCAAAAGCUGGAGGAAGCUGAGAAAGCUGCUGAUGAGAGCGAGAGGGGUAUGAAGGUUAUUGAAAACCGAGCCUUAAAAGAUGAAGAAAAAAUGGAACUCCAGGAAAUCCAACUCAAAGAAGCUAAGCCCAUUGCAGAAGAGGCAGACAGGAAGUAUGAAGAGGUCCCUCGUAAGUUGGUGAUUAAGGGAGACUUGGAACACACAGAGGAGCGGGCCGAGCUGGCAGAGUCCCGUUGCCGAGAGAUGGAUGAGCAAAUCAGACUGAUGGACCAGAACCUGAAGUGUCUGAGUGCUGCUGAAGAAAAGUACUCUCCAAAAGAAGACAAAUAUGAGGAAGAGAUAAAGAUUCUUACCGAUAAACUCAAGGAGGCAGAGACACGUGCUGAGUUUGCUGAGAGAUCGGUAGCCAAGCUGGAAAAGACAAUUGAUGAUUUGGAAGAUAAACUGAAAUGCACCAAAGAGGAGCACCUCUGUACACAAAGGAUGCUGGACCAGACUCUGCUUGACCUGAAUGAGAUGUAGAACACCCCAGUCCCGCCCUGCCGCUGCUCCUCCCUCUCACCCCGACUCCGCUGAGGCCAGCCUGCCCGAAGCUGACCUUUAAACUGAGGGCUGAUCUUUAACUGGAAGGCUGCUUUCUCCUUUCGCCACCUCUCCCACCCCCUUACUCCUGUGUCCUUUUCGCCAAACUGUCUCUGCCUCUCCCCAGAGAUUCCAGUUGGGCUAGAGGCUGAGCACCUUUGGGAACAACGUUUAAGGGAAUGUGAGCACAAUGCAAAGUGUCUUUAAAAGCAUGUUGUGAUGUACACAUUUUGUAAUUACCUUUUUUGUUGUUGAUGUAACAACCAUUUGUAAAAAACAUUCCAAAUAAUUCCAUAGUUCUGAAGCAGCAGUCUAAUCCCUUUCUCACUUUUGGAAGGUAACGUUUCAGCUUAAUGCAUAUUGCCUUCUCCAGAGAGAAAGGGAAAAGGUUUGGG